AUGUAUUCGAUUCUGCUUCCCUUGCUGACUGCAACGACACGUGCUGCAUGGGUGGAAGACACGUUCUUCACCGGCCAGCAGCCAAGUUGGAGGAAGUUUGCGAUGACGUCUGAUGGCUCCACGAUCGCUGGUGCAGGGCACAUGAGCUAUUGGUUCAGCACAGACAGCGGAGCAACCUGGACAAGGCGAUCUCCACUGGACGGGAAGUAUGAAGGCAUUGCCCUUUCAGCAGAUGGCUCCAAGCUUGUUGCCGCUGGAAUUGAAAUUCAGAUGUGGAAGAGCGAGGGUACCUUGGCCUCGAGUAUUGCCGAUGCAAACUUCCCAAGCGCAGUUCAACAGAAGCUUCGUGACCUCGCGAUGUCACCGGAUGGCAACAUCAUUGUCACAGCUGGUGACACCAGUGAUGUGGAUGCGCAGACCUGGACCCAGGGCAGCUUUCGAAGCACCGACUUUGGCGCGACUUGGAACCAAAUUUCGACCACCCCAAUGACGGGCAUCGCCAUGUCGGCCGAUGGCAAUGUGAUUGCGGCGGUGACUUCGCAAAGCAACGCGGGAGUUCGUGUGAGCACUGACGGAGGUGCCAACUGGGCCACCAACACGCCAAGCGAAUCCACAAGCCUGAUCGGCAUUGCCAUGUCGUCAAGCGGUUCGAUUAUGGCAGCCGUUGGCCAUGGCAACAACGCUGGCAUUUGGAUCAGCAACAACACUGGCUCAACUUGGACGCAGGUGGUGUCUGAUUCCGGUGUUUGGGACAGUGUGUCCAUGUCCGCCGAUGGCUCAGUGAUGGGCGCAACCAAGAUGUCCUCUAAGCUUUGGACCAGCUCCGACUUCGGCGUCACCUGGGCGGAGGAUGCAACAAGUCCGGACAAUGCCAAGUUCAUUGCGAUCUCAUCCGAUGGCACGAAGAUGGUGAUGGAGGGUGCUGGCAAGGUUCAGCUCAAGGGUUUCGCCACGCCCACGACGACGACGACCACCACCACCACCACCGCUGCCGCCACCACCACCACCGCCACCACCACCACCAGCGGAGCCGGAAACGGAGGAAGCGGCUCCACGCAGGGCGCCAAUGGGAGCACAUCGGCCUCGCAUCGUGCAGCCCUCAUCGGAGCGAGCUGCAUGGCUGGUCUGGCCAUCUUGGGGUGA